UGGAAAAUUUGCGGUUCUGUGAUGUCGUACGUAGACUCUCUGUCGCGACUGGAAGAGGUUGCCCGAAGAAAUGCUGAGAAGCGUGUUGUGGAGGCAUUCCAGAAACCGGAAAGUCUGGAAAACAUUGAUGUUAUUCGCACCAGAUUCUUGAAUCAAAAGACUGCCACAGAAGCUCAGCUGAAGAUGGCUGUGCAUGGUCAACUUGACAGCAUUCAAAAUGGUCUUGACAAGUUGGAGUCGGCUCUGGGAAUUUCAAAGGCUUGUGCUGGACGGAUCUCUGAAAUGGAGAAAUCUUUGUCCAAAAUUAGCAAUCUUCCAUCUUCAUUAAGUCAAUUGCAUGUCAUCUCUACCAAGCACAAGCAGCUCGUUGCUGCAAUUGAAAAUAUGUCAUACCUAGUCAAGGUACCGGAUGCCAUGAUUGAAGCUAAGAGCUAUAUAGAAAGCGACAAUCUUCUUGAGGCUCACAAACGGAUCCAGGAAUUGGAAGGGAUUAGGGACGAAAUAAUGUCUGAUGUUUUCAAGCAAAACUCAAGCGCCGAUCUUGAUACUCUUCGAACCUUCUUCAAAGGUUUAGAUGAGCUCAAUGUUGCUAUUUUAGAGAAAAUCAAGCACGUUGGGGCUACUCUGACCAGCGCCGUGGUCACUCAAAAUGUCCUUUGUGUAAACUGCAUUCGUAUUAUCGACAGAGAAGAGAGAGCUGAUAUGAUUUGGAGGAAACGCCAAGGCAAGGGUGGUUUCAUGCCUGAUGGCAGACCGAAGGAAUGGAAAAAGAAGUUUUUCGCCGAGUUGACACGCAUAAUUCAAGACCGUGUUCAAGGGUGUUCAGUGGAUUCGGAGAACGAAAAAACUCGUUUGGUGCGCCACAAUGAAGCAAUUCGUCAGCAUGCCUUGAGGGAUUUGCGUAUUGCUAAGAACAUUUGUCCCGUAUAUUUUCCCCCAGACUAUGAGAUAUUCGAUAGAUUCGUCGAAAUAUAUCAUGACGCAAUAGGAAUGCAUAUCGAAAAUCUGAUAAACGAGGGUUUAAACGACACUGAAAUUGUCCAGCUCUUGGGAUGGAUUAAUGCAUAUCAUACCGAAGAAUUCAUGAAGCAUCCUCUUUUCAAUGUUGACUUUUCUCGCCUUAAUAUCAAAUACCCACCUAAUCUCUUACCUGAGGACAAGCUUAUGAGUUUGCGACAAGAGUAUGUGAAAAAGACUAUCACCAAACUGAAUGGCUGGUUGGUUAAGUCACUGGCAAUUGACGUCGAGGAUUGGAAACGGGCUACAAAGCCGGAGUUAAACGACGCCUCAAAUUACUACACACCUCUCUCUCUCAUGGUUUUAUCUCCUAUCAACGAGCUUGUAGGUGAAGGGAAACUCCUCCAUUUUCUUGGUAACGUUGUUCGAGAGAAUUUCUUAGUGCAAUGCACACAGGAGAUCACUCGGUUCGCAAGGGAUUAUGAAUCAAGUAUUCGCGACUACCGUACCCUCUACCUCAACGAUCGUGCCAAAUUUCCUUACUACAUUGAGUACAUUCUGGCUAAUGCUAACAACACGCUGACGAUUGCAAACAGUUUUGCUGCAGUCAUAAAUCGCGAGGUAGAGAACGAUGCCCAUCUUAAAGGACGUCUUUUGCCCCAACUGGGUCGUCUCAAAGAGGAAUAUGGCAAGGUGGCCGCCCUAUGCUUAAAUUGUGCAGAAGAAACAGUCUUUUUGGACUUGACUCCAGUUAUCUCUGGAGUACUUACCCGCGAAUGGCUGAGUCCGGGUGACUUGACUACACAGUGCCUUACGGGUACACUGUUGGACUAUAAUGAAACAUUGGUGCAUGUACAUCAAACCUACUAUCAGGAUCUGAUGCCUCGUUUGGCCACGCACCUCCUAAUUGAAUGCUUAAAAAUGCUUCUGACAAAAACGCUUAAUUUCACCUCUGUUCACGAACGCCACACAGCAGGAGAAAAACUUAUCCAGUCAUCUGGAAUCCUUAAGACAUUUUUUGAAAACAAAAUCCCUGUCUCACCAAAGAUUUAUGAUGCAUAUGAAGCCAUCGGUUUGAUUGGAAGGUUUCUCACGAACGACGACCGUAGUAUGCUCUCCCUGGAUGUCGGACGCUUGCAGCAAGGCUUCCCUGAUGUCAGAACAGAUCAAAUUUACACCAUUCUAAUGUUGCGUGGGGACAUGCGUUCUAAUGACGCUCAGGAGCUGGCGAUAAGCGUGACACAAGGUACGAAAACUGCGGAUCCUACAUCUGAUAUUUUCACGAAAGUGGCUCUUGCAAUGAGCAGAUGA